ACUACUAUUCAUUCCUAUUCCAGUCCAAUCGCAAUCUAUCAAUUGUGAGUUGCAAGAGCAGCCGUGUUAGCGAAAGAAAAACCAAAUCGGCCUGAGUAAUCCAAAGAGCGAAGACGCCCUCAUAGCCACCGUUACCGGCAGAAUGGAUCGCUGGCUGCGCCAUCGACGGCUGGACGGCGCCCACAAUCGUCUGCCCCGCGAUUUCAAUUUGCGCGUAUGGAGCAUACUGAAGGAGUGCCAGGGUCUGGCCAUCGGGGAAUGUGUCCUGCCACACAGUCUCACGCAGGUGAGGAGGGGGCGAUUGAAGUUCUGGCAGGAUGUGAAGCUGGCCCUCGUCAAAAUACCGCAGGCCGAGUACAGGCAGCUAAUGGUGGAGGCUCUGAUGGUGCUAUCACUGGUCAUCGAGCACCAUAUGGUGCCCUCGCUGGGAGGCAUCAUCUACGUGGAGCAUCUGGUGCAAAAGGCCAAUCAGUUGUUCCUCGAGGAUCAGCGCAAGGUGAAGGGCGCUGCAAUGCAGUGCUGCGCCAAGAUCAAGGACAGCAAGGAGCAGCAGCAGGCCGCCUCCGGACUUCUAUGCGGCGGAGCCGCCAAAAUAUGCCAAAAUUUCUACGUCAGUGCUCCCGGCGGCAGAUAUGGCACCAUGACCUACUUGUUCCGGGCGCUGCCCCUUGUGCUCAACAAUGUGCCCAAGCCCGGCGAGAUGGAGUGCCCCAUCUCCUAAAGCGACGGUCGUUCACCUAAUCACUUAAUUGUAAUGCCAAAAUCUC